UAGCUUAGGUGGCUCAGGAGGUGGCGUAGGAAAUAAAGAGGGUCGAGUCUAUCAGAAAAGGAAGGGUUUUAUUCUGCGUCCCCAGGCGACCCAGGAUCCCCAAAGAGAGGGCUCCUGGAUUCACGGCAACAGGGAGGGGGGCGCCUUUUCUAUACUGCAGUUGGGUGAAGGGCAGGGACGUGAACUGAGGAAGUUUCCGCCACAGGGGUCGGCAGGGCAUUCAGGAAGGAGUCAGUAUCUGUGUGGGGGUCGCUGUGGAUUCAGGAAGAAGCCGGUGUCUGUGUCUGGCCCGCUGAUCUGUUAGAAAUUCCAGGGAGGGGCCGUUAUCUCAUCACAGGUCUGCAGGUAUCUGAUCCUGGGCUUGCUCUGAUCUAACAGCUUUUCCAAGCAACUCCUUCCAGCCAGCGUGUGGCCUCAGUGUUUGCCCAGAGAGGAAGGGAGAGGGAGAGAGAGGAAGAUUGAUGAUGUUUCUCCUGCACGCCCCCCACUGGGGAUCGAGCCUCUAAGCCAGGCAUGUGCGCUGACCGGGAAUGGAACCCUGACCUCCUGGUCCAAAGGCUGAUGUUAAACCACUGAGCCAGCCGGCCGGGCGCCUCUCAGUGAAUGGAAUUGGGGUCCCCACCCGAGUCCACAGCACAGCUGCACUCUCUGCAGCGUCCACAUUCCAGACCUUUCUUCCCUCCAGAUAAGACCUCCAGGCCCGUGGGGCCUGGCAGCCGGGCGCCCACAGGAAGCCGGGGUGGGUGUGCAGCCACCGCUGUGGGAGCCUCUGGGUCAGGCAUUGCAGCUUCCGGCAGAGGCAUGGCGUCGGCCUCCACCAGCAAGAAGAUGCGGGAGGAGGCCACCUGCUCCAUCUGCCUGCACCUGAUGGCCGAGCCUGUGAGCAUCAGCUGCGGCCACAGCUACUGCCAGGCCUGUCUCCUGGGCUUCAUGGGCCUGAGCUCCUCCUCCUCUCGGAGCCAGCAGAGCACCUUCUCCUUCCCUGGGAGCCAGCAGAGCACCUUCUCCUCCCCUCGCAGCCAGCAGAGCACCUUCUCCUUCCCUGGGAGCCAGCAGAGCCCCUUCUCCUUCCCUGGGAGCCAGCAGAGCACCUUCUCCUUCCCUGGGAGCCAGCAGAGCACCUUCUCCUCCCCUCGCAGCCAGCAGAGCACCUUCUCCUUCCUUGGGAGCCAGCAGAGCACCUUCUCCUUCCCUGGGAGCCAGCAGAGCCCCUUCUCCUUCCCUGGGAGCCAGCAGAGCACCUUCAUCCCUGGGAGCCAGCAGAGCACCUUCAUCCCUGGGAGUCAGCAGAGCACCUUCUGCUUCCCUCAGAGCCAGCAGGACACGCAGACCUUCUCCUGCCCCCAGUGCCGGGCUCCCUUCCAGAGAGGCAGCCUGCGGCCCAACAAGCAGCUGGGCAGCCUCAUUGCCACCCUCCGGGAGCAGGAGCAGCAGCAGGAGCGGGAGCAGGAGCUGUCCUGCCAGGAGCAUGGGGAGCGGCUGCACCUCUUCUGCGAAGAUGAGGGCCAGCUCAUCUGCUGGCGCUGCGAGCGCGAUGGGCGGCACAAGGGCCACAACACGGUGCUCGUGGAGGAUGUGGGCCCCGGCUACAGAGAAAAGCUCCAGGAAGCGGUGAGGAAACUGAGGAAACUGGAAGAGGAAUGCACGAACCAGAAAGCAUUCACGGUGAAGCAGAUGGCCCAGUGGAAGGAGAAGGUAGAGGCUCAGAGACAGAAAAUCCAGGCGGAAUUCCAGAACCUGCGCAGCUUCCUGAGGGAGGAGGAGAGGUCGUACCUGUGGAGACUGGAGAGUGAGGAACAGCGCACUCUGCAGAGACUGAGGGACAGUGAGGCCGACCUGGGCCAGCAGAGCCGCAAGCUCCAGAGCCACAUCCGGGAGCUGGAGGAGCGAUGCCAGGGCUCCGCCCAGAAGCUGCUGCAGGACGUGAAGGGCGCCCUGAGCAGGAGCCAGGCUGUGCGGCUGGAGACGCCGGAGGCCCUGGUCUUGGAGAUUGAGACCGAGUGCGAGGUCCCCGAGCUCUACUUUGACCUGAGGAAACAUUUGAGGAGCCAUCAAGUCGGCGUGACUCUGGAUCCAGAAACAGCGCAUCCGGAACUAAUUCUGUCCCAGGAUCAGAGACAAGUGACGCGGGGCCCCCAGCGCGAGGCGGCCCUCUCUCCCCAGAGGUUCAUGGCCUCGCCCUGCAUCCUGGGCCGGCAGAGCUUCGCGUCCGGGCGGCGGUACUUCGAGGUGGACGUGGGCGAGGGCACGGGCUGGGACGUGGGCGUCUGCCUGGAGAGCGUGCAGCGGCUCGGGGGGACCACGCAGAGGCCCGAGACCGGCUUCUGGGCCCUGCGGCUGUGCGCCCAGGACGGCUAUGUGGCGCUGACCUGGCCGCGCACGCCCCUGCGCCUGCAGGAGCGGCCCCUGCUCGUCGGGGUUCUCCUGGACUGCGAGGUCGGGCUUGUGUCCUUCUACAGCGGGACCUCGGGCUCCCACAUGUUCACCUUCCCCAGGGCCUCCUUCCCGGACGUCCUGCGGCCCUAUCUCCAGGUUUACCCGUAUUCCCCCCUGUUCCUGCCCAGCCUGGACGAGUGAGGAGAGCAGCAGCCGCCUGUGGCUGAACCAGGAGAGAAUGAGUGUGAAGGCCGAGGGCAGGAUUCGGGCCUGUGUUCUCCAUGCUGUUUCCCUGCCCCAGAGCAGUGCUGGGCUGGGAGUGGGUCCUGGAUACAUCUGCGGGGGGCGGCGGGGGGUGGGGGGAGAGUGGGGGGAUGGACAUACAGAGAUAAAGCUGGGCUGGGUGGCUCAGUGGUUGAGUGUCCUCCUACGAACCAGGUCACGGUUCUAUUCCCGCCCGGGUUACGGGCUCGAUCCCCAGUUGGGCUGUGCAGGAGGCAGCCAAUCCGUGAUUUUUUUUUCUUGUUGAUGUUUCUGUCUCCCUCUCCCUUCCUCUCUGAAAUCAAUAA